AUGCUUAAAAAACUGAACACGGCCAAAUCUCAUUUGAACUGCGAAGAACUUUAUCAAAAACGAGUUGGGCUCAACUUUGACUUUGAUCGACCAAGUAAAGAUGUUCCGAGCAUUUCUGAUUAUGAUCGACCCAGCUAUUACACAAAAUUCAGAUAUCCUUAUGAGAAUGUACCAAUAGAUGAUUACGAAGACACAAAGAUCAGGGAGCUACCCGAUUACGAUACGAACCCAGAUGAUCGAAGACUGUAUCCAUUCGACGAUGAUUUAGGUUUAAAUUUUAACAAUGAAAAAUUUGAAGAUCGAAAAGAAAGAAUUCUGGAUGAUCCAAUUUUUGGUGCAAAUUAUAGAAACAAUGAGAGAUUACUAAGAAACGACGAAGACUCAGAAAAAAAUGAAGAACGUUCUCAGACUAUGCACCAUACUGUUCAUGAAAAUGACAAUGAGAACAAAGAAUUUACUAGUAAUAGGUUUAGUGGUGUGAAAGUAGCUGAAGAUCCGUCAGAAUUUGCAUAUUUACCAUCCGAUUCCAGAUUUUAUAAGAAACUAAAAAGUACCACAGACGUUCCUGAAACAACAAUUAAAAUUGAAAAGACAGCCAUGUUAAAUGAAAUACCCACUCCUGCAGUAGCGGAUAAGUUGCUGGUGAAUUUGAGAAGUGACAAGGAUCCCCAAGAAAGCAGAAAAGAUGGCAUUGAAGUGGUGCCUCUUAAACCAGGAAUUGCCGAAGUAGAUUCCGCUGGAGUUUAUAUAAUUGCGAUAGUUGCAGGAAUAAGUGCCGCAGCUACAGUAGGGCUUAUAGCAGUGGGGAUAGGAUGGUACAAGUAA